AUGGAUUGCGAUAAACUGACCUCUAAAUUAGAUGACCAAGAAAAGAUUACUUAUUUAAAUGCGAUUGCAUUAAUAAACAAAUAUGCAACCCUCAUAAAACGCUUAAAGCGUUCUAAGAAAUCUAAAAAGUCAAUAAGGUAUUUAAGGUGCUCAAGCACUUCAAGAUUAAGUUUUACAUCAAAUGAUGAAACUGAAGAAAGCCUCGAAAUCCACAGUCCUAGACGUCCAAAAAACGGGAUGCUAAUUUCAAAUAAAACUUUUUCUGCAGUUGCCCAUGCAAACUCUCCAAAUUGCUAUUCGCUUGAGCAAUACUGAACGAUGGAUGCUGUUUUUGAGUCUAUAUACGAAAAAUAUAAAAACCAUUCUUGGUGCAGACUAAAUGCUGAAGAGCGUGAAGUGCAUAUAGCUGUACUUAAACAGUUCUGGCUUGACUGUUACAUCUGUGACCAGACAUUUUUGAAUUUACUUCUUUCUCCUUUGAAGAACAAGCUGUGAAUCAAUUAUGACUCAUUUGCAGAAUCACUGACUAUCAUCUUGGUUAACAGACAAUAUUUUUUUGCAUUCUAAUAAAUUGAGCUAAUUUAUAUUUUAAUGUAAAAAAUUUUUCUUCGAGGCCAAAAAUCCAUAUUAUGAAUAUUUGAAAGGGGAAAUAUAAUUUAAUUCGCAAGCUGCCAAAAAUUUGAUUGAUUUAGCAAUCAUCAUAGUUAUAUAUCAAAUUAUAUUACAUAAAAAAUGUGUUAUUGCAGUUGUGAAGGUCGAAGUGAAAAAUGUACAGAAAUUUUAGCUCUAGAAUACUGUAUUAUAUAUACAAGAUUAUAUAUACAGGAAAUAUUACUAUUAUUUAAUUCAAUUAUUAUCUUAUUAUUCUUUUACAUGAUUUUUGAAGAAAUAAAAAAUAGGAAACUGAUUACCAUAAAAUUUAUUUCUCGUGUGUCUAUUUAUAAAAAAGACUUUUACUUGCGAAUUUAGGUAUUAAUUUUCCUAAAAAUAGGGAUUUUCAAUGGACUUACUCACAGUGGGAUAAGGGGAAUUCAUAAGACAAACAUUUUUCACAUGAUUACAUUGGGUAUGCAUGGAAAAAAAGCCAAAAAAAUAUUUUUGAUUCAAAAAUUAUUGUUUUUCUUUAGAUUUGUUCAGUUCGAAGCUGGCCCUGAGCUAGGUAGAGAAACCUUAGGAAGGGUGCUAGAAAUGUCUGACAAAAGGGGAAAAGUCCAAGUAGAUAUGUGGAUUAACGUAAUUUUUAAAGCUGCUGAUGCAGUAAGGGGCUUUUCAAAGCAAAGUAUUAGCUUCGAAGAGUUCAGGAAUUUAAUAAUACAGCAAUUUGUUAAAGAGUGCAAGUAA